GUAGGCUAUACAGGAUAUAUUCGGGCGUGCAUCACAUGCUUUCAUAAUAGCAGGUAUAUUCUCUCUCUCUCUCUCUCCAUAGCUCUCGUGGAUGAAGUCACACUAGCAAUUUACACUUCAUUCCAGUCCGUGAUAAUCUGACAAAUAGACGAGUGGUUAAUACGCUCUGACAUCACAGCAUAGUUUACUGUACACCGAGGGGACAGUCGGCGGUUGAUUCCACGGGCAGCAUCUGGCAAAGUUUACUAUUCGAGAUCCUCUCUUUUGUUAAUCUAUCUAAGAUAUAAUAAAACCCUGCAAGCGAUGUUGGUUUUUGAAUUUAAGACCGGCAAUAGUCGAGCUUUCUAACCCGUAGCUUUCGAAAUCGCCAUUGCUAGGAACGUUCAACCGUGCACAGUGAUGAAGAGUGGAGACUGGGGCUUCCGGUGUAAAACAGGCUGUCUUUAUGAAAUCCAUCGAGGUGCGGAAUUACUGCCGACUCCUGCUCCUGCUGCAUAUUUAGGCCUAUCAUAAUCUAUUGUUAUCCCGAGAUGAUAUCCCGUACAAGUUGAAACGAAUCCGACAACACCUGGAAUAUAACGAAAGCAGUCUCAACCAGCCUGCUCAGCCAUCCACGCUCCAUUGCAAAUUUCAGUUUACUGGAAUUAUAUCAGUCAUUUGAUGGGAUCUCAUUUCGCAGUUAUUAAAACAGAGAAGCCAUUCCCGUGGGGUUUAUUUCAUGGGGAUGUGUUCAAGACAAGAGAGAAUACAAAAAGACGUCAACAUCGUAAUUCAAAGGAGCAAGGCAGAGAAAGACUGCCUUUUCUCUGAUUUCAGAUAUACUGACGCCACCUUCACCUUCACUUAUUCCAAAGGCUCCAGAAGGGUGUCCUUCUCAGUACACGUCUCUGACGACUACCCAGACAACACAUACGUGUCAAACUCUGAGAACGAGGAUGAAGUUCUAGUUACCAGAGACCCGAUCCCCGUCAUCUUCCACAGAAUCGCAACAGAGAUUACGAUCAACAAUGACGCCAGCUGCUGCCUGUCCAUCAAGACCAAACUUCAGUUAGACAAAAACCAGUGCCACUAUGCCAUAGAGGAGGACUCUGAGGGGGAUGCUGACUCUGAGGAGUUUUACUAUGGAGGUCAGGUGAACUACGAUGGAGAGCUCCACAAGCACCCCCAGCUGGAGGCGGACCUGGCGGCAGUCCGGGAGAUGUACGGACAUCACGCAGUAUCUCUCAGGGAAUACGGUGCGAUUGAUGAUGUGGACAUUGAUCUACACAUCGACGUCAGUUUCCUAGAUGAGGAAAUAGCCCUGGCGUGGGACGUGAUCCGCAGGGAACCGGUGAUCGUGCGUCUCCACUGCUCUCUGACACAGUACCUGAAUGGACCAGUCCCCACGGUGGACGUGUUCCAGGUGUCGACUAAGGACCGGUUUGGACUGGGACAUCAGUUGAAGAAGAUAAUGCAGACAUUUGUCACCCAGCAGUGGAAACACCAAAGUGAAGAGAAGCUCAACUCCCUUCACAACAAAAACAAGAACAAGAAGAAGGUCAAAUCUCCCCUCCACAUCUUCUCAACCCUCCGCAGAUCUCCCAGCUACCCGCCUCCUGGCUGUGUCAAGAGCAAGAAGAAUCUGAAGCCGGAACAAGAUGGCGUCUCUAAAUCCCACCGUCUCCUCGGCCAGACCUGCUCCAGCACCGUCAAACAGCAGGUUGAGGCGGAGGUCCCUGGACCUAAGACCGCCCACCGUCUCCUCGGACAGUCCCUGUCUAGCACAGACCCCCGUAUGGACCACGGAGGAGGGACCUGCCCCGGACCCCUGCCCCUCAAACCACGCCGCAUCCUGGGCAGGCCCUGCUCGGCUUUGGUCAAACCAGAGGACCUCCGUCCCACUCCCCACAAGCUCCUGCCCCGCUUGUGCUCCGGCGACCCCCGCUGUGAGCAAGCUGGUGGGGGAGGAGGUAGUCUUGGAGGAGGUUUGAAGCACCACAGGCUGCUCAGUAGGUCGUGCUCUGGUUCUAUCAGGACGGAGGAAUUAGAUGGACUGAAACACCACCACCACCUCCUCAGCAGGUCCUACUCCAGCAGUACCAAGAUGGGCAAAGCAGUGGACAUCUUCAAAGAUUCUGUUGCUCCGUCCGAGGGGAGGCGGCUCUCUCUUACCUCAGGGCUCAUCGGGAUCCUCGCCCCCUCGCUCGCCACGCCACCGCCGCCAAACAAUGGGGCCAAGUCCAUUCCGAUAAGAGACAGAGGCUUCCUUGUCCAGACCAUGGAGUAUGCUGAACAGAGAACUCCGGUCCUGAAUGAGUUCUGUGUGGUGUGUGACGAACCACACGUGUUCCAGAACGGACCCAUGCUCCGACCCACGGUGUGUGAGCGGGAACUGUGUGUGUUUGCCUUUCAAACACUGGGGGUGAUGAACGAGGCAGCCGACGAGAUCGCCACAGGAGCUCAGGUGGUGGAUCUGUUGGUGUCCAUGUGUAGGUCUGCUCUAGAGUCUCCAAGGAAAGUGGUCAUCUUUGAGCCAUAUCCCUCCGUGGUGGAUCCGUGUGACUCCCAGGCACUGGCCUUCAACCCUAGGAAAAAGGACUAUGACCGAGUGAUGAGAGCCCUUGACAGCCUUACCUCUAUCAGAGAAAUGUCCCAGAUUAUUGUUUCUCUACAGGCACCUUACCUUGAGGUCAAGAGGCAGAUGGACAAGCAUGAUCCUUUAGCUCACCCCUUACUGCAAUGGGUAAUAUCCAGUAACAGAUCACACAUCGUCAAACUUCCAGUUACCAGACAACUGAAGUUCAUGCAUAGCCCGCACCAGUUCCUUCUACUCAGCAGUCCUCCUGCCAAAGAGUCCAACUUCCGAGCUGCCAAAAACCUCUUUGGAAGUACCUUUGCUUUCCAUGGUUCUCACAUAGAGAAUUGGCACUCCAUUUUGAGGAACGGUUUGGUGGUUGCAUCCAACACAAGACUUCAGCUCCAUGGCGCCAUCUAUGGGAGUGGAAUCUAUCUCAGCCCAAUGUCAAGCAUAUCCUUUGGUUACUCAGGGAUGAACAAAAAGCAACAGAAGGUUGCUUCAAAGGACCAAACUGCGACAAACAAGACCAACUUACAUUUGCAGUCGACAAAGAAAGGACAGCAGCCCCAGUUUUUGCAAAGUCGGAACCUAAAGUGCAUAGCCUUAUGUGAAGUCAUCACGUCCCCUGACCUGCACAAACAUGGAGACAUCUGGGUCGUCCCAAACACCGACCACGUCUGUACACGCUUCUUCUUUGUCUAUGAAGAUGGCCAGGUGGGAGAUACAAGCAUCAACACACAAGACGCUGGCAUCCAUCGAGAGAUCCUACGAGUCAUCGGCAAUCAGACCGCCACGGGAUGAACCUCACGUGAAAACGUCCUUCCUGUUAUUCUGAUGCCGCCACCUCCCCGGUUCAAAGCUGCAUUAUUGAGCUGCGGGAAAACCCGUCGUAACAAGUGUGUUUCCCCGACCAAUGUAGAGAACACAUCAACAACUAGAGUGUUUUAAACCUUGGUGAAAUCAACAACACAUAUUUACAACUGAAACACAGCAGAACUCUUUAGGGAAGAACACAUUUUGCUAAGUUUAUAAAUACUAUGGAGAAUCCUGUUUUUUCUGAAGACAUGGGUACGUCUCUCAGUUUGACUGAUUGGGACGACUUCAUUUUUUUUUGUAGAGAACAUUUAAAACGGUAAAACUCUUUGGUGAAUAUUUUGAGACUUCUUGCUAGUAGAUGUGGGACCUUUUCAGCAAAAAUAACGAUAUGUUCCCCUUCCUGUCUAGAAAAAGGUCCCAUCUAUCUGACCUUAUUUACUAUAAAAGAGUUGUAUCUUUUUAAAAUACAAUGUACUUUAUGUAUACUGAAGGUGUUAAUAUGCACUUUAUUUUUCUUAAUGUCAUACAUUUGUUCUAACAAUCUGGGGUCAUAAUCUGAAAAACUAAAAAGCUUUUUUUUCCCCCCAAUUGAUUAUUUUAAAAUUAAACAAAAAAAUAGUUGUAUUUUUGACGGUGGUGUAAUAUGUUGGUUACCAUUCCAUGUCGACUGAGGGACACAGCAAUACAUUGAGUAGAAUAUACAUAAAGGCCAGGAUUCAAUCAGGACUGCAGGAGAUCCGCAUUGUAACUCGGUUGACUAUUAAAGCUGCACUAUGUACCUUUUUUGGGGGGCGAGCUGGGACAUUCGCAUAGAAAUGGGUGUACUAGAUCUGUCAUUCUCAUUGAAAGCCAGUCUAAGAGGCGGUGUAUCUGUUCUAUGUGUGCUAUUUCUAUGCUUCCCGUUCUUAAGGUACGUUUUAGUGUCUUUUACUUUCGGUUUUGUACACCAGGUUCAAACAGCUGAAAAUACACUAUUUUUGGUGAUGGAAAAUAUAUUUUACAAUAUAUUAUCUACACUACACUUGCUUGUUUUGUUACAUAAACGGAAAUUAAGCAAACUAUUAGAAAUUUGGCAACUAGGAAAUGGCAGAGCGAUUUCUACAUAGUGCACCUUUAAAAGGAAUUUCCCAUUGAGCCGACAUCUGCAGUGUUUACUUAGAAGGCCAUCUCCUCGACCGUGGUAACAUUUGCCUUUAAAUGGUGCAUCGCCUCAAAAGGGCCGAUUUGGAUUGAAGUGUGUAAGAGCUUUCGAUGAGACGUCAUCAAACAUGAGCGGAAAUGUAUGCUGUGUUAAUUUAGGAAGUAGAUCCGUUUCCUUCACAUAUCACACCAGGAAAUGUAUAUAUUGGUUUAUUCUCCUUUUAUAGGGGGUCUACUGGUUUACAAUAGCAAAGACUUUGACUCCAGUCAAGAAUAGAUACAUUUGAUAAAUUUACAAGUUCCACACACUUACCACUCACAACCAGUUUAAAUAGAAAAUAACGCAUUAAAAAAGCUAUUCAGUAUUAACACAUGUCAGAUUGAUCUUUAUAUUUUGUUUAAAUCUAUGGGUAGAUGUAGAUGUAUAAUCGGAGCGCCAAUUAAGGAACAUUUUAAAGCGGUUCCUUUUGUUAGGGGGGUAUGGGAUGUCUAUACAUACUAAGCAUUGCUGUUUGCUGCUUAUUUAUAUAUGUCUGUGCUUUUAAAGACCAAUCAGAUCUCAGCUGUGCUUUUAAAGACCAAUCAGAUCUCAGCUGUGCUUUUAAAGACCAAUCAGAUCUCAGCUGUGCUUUUAAAGACCAAUCAGAUCUCAGAUACUAUCCCUUGUGUUCACUGUCAAUGAUAUAUUUAUUAUGAAAUUAUGAUGGUUUAAAGUAGACAUUGAUAUUAGUCAUAUAGGACACCAACCACUCUGAACAUUGAUAUCACUCUGUUAGGGCACCAACCACUCUGAACAUUAAUAUUAGUCAUAUAGGACACCAACCACUCUGAUUAUUGAUAUUAGUCAUAUAGGACACCAACCACUCUGAUCAUUGAUAUUAGUCAUAUAGGACACCAACCAAUCUGAUCUAAAAUUACUGUAAAUCACAGGUCAUAUUUUUUUAAUGCAUUUUUUUUCAUCACUAAUGAUUUUACAGUUUAAAUAUAUUUGACGUACCCGCUAGGCUACCUGCUCUUAACCGCUAGGCUACCUGCUGUUAACCGCUAGGCUACCUGCUCUUAACCAAUAGGCUACCUGCUCUUAAUCAAUAGGCUACCUGCUCUUAACCAAUAGGCUACCUGCUCUUAACCACUAGGCUACCUGCUCUUAACCAAUAGGCUACCUGCUCUUAACCAAUAGGCUACCUGCUCUUAACUACUAGGCUACCUGCUCUUAACCGCUAGCCUACCUGCUCUUAACCAAUAGGCUACCUGCUCUUAACUGCUAGGCUACCUGCUCUUAACCAAUAGGCUACCUGCUCUUAACCAAUAGGCUACCUGCUCUUAACUGCUAGGCUACCUGCUCUUAACCAAUAGGCUACCUGCUCUUAACUGCUAGGCUACCUGCUCUUAACCAAUAGGCUACCUGCUCUUAACCAAUAGGCUACCUGCUCUUAACUACUAGGCUACCUGCUCUUAACCGCUAGCCUACCUGCUCUUAACUGCUAGGCUACCUGCUCUUAACCGCUAGCCUACCUGCUCUUAACUGCUAGCCUACCUGCUCUUAACUGCUAGGCUACCUGCUCUUAACCAAUAGGCUACCUGCUCUUAACCAAUAGGCUACCUGCUCUUAACUGCUAGGCUACCUGCUCUUAACCAAUAGGCUACCUGCUCUUAACUGCUAGGCUACCUGCUCUUAACCAAUAGGCUACCUGCUCUUAACUGCUAGGCUACCUGCUCUUAACCAAUAGGCUACCUGCUCUUAACCAAUAGGCUACCUGCUCUUAACUGCUAGGCUACCUGCUCUUAACCGCUAGCCUACCUGCUCUUAACUGCUAGGCUACCUGCUCUUAACCGCUAGCCUACCUGCUGUUAACCCCUAGGCUACCUGCUCUUAACCGCUAGGCUACCUGCCACCCCACCGCUAGGCUACCUGCUGUUAACCGCUAGGCUACCUGCUCUUAACCACUAGGCUACCUGCUCUUAACCUGCUAGCCUACCUGCUCUUAACUGCUAGGCUACCUGCUGAGUCAUCGCUAGGCUACCUGCACUAAACCUUCAGGCUACCUUCUCUUAACUGCUAGGAUAUCUACCGCCCCACCGCUAGGCUACCUGCUCUUAACCGCUAGGCUACCUGCUCUUAACCACUAGGCUACCUGCUCUUAACCCCUAGGCUACCUGCUCUUAACCCGCUAGGCUACCUGCUCUUAACCGCUAGGCUACCUGCUCAUAACCUCUAGGCUACCUGCUCUUAACCCCUAGGCUACCUGCUCUUAAACCGCUAGGCUACCUGCUGUUAACCGCUAGGCUACCUGCUCUUAACCGCUAGGCUACCUGCUCAUAACCGCUAGGCUACCUGCUCUUAACCCCUAGGCUACCUGCUCUUAACCCGCUAGGCUACCUGCUCUUAACCGCUAGGCUACCUGCUCAUAACUGCUAGGCUACCUGCUUUUAACCGCUAGGCUACCUGCCACCCCAAACAUAGAAGACAGUGAAGGCAAAUGAGCAACAUGUUGUUUUAUUUCAUCAUUCAGUGACCAAAUCACACUAUUUAAUUUGAUAUCGUAAUAAAUAUUUUUGCAAUAUCUGUCUUGGAAUAGUAAUGUGAACCUGGCAAGUACAUGUCAAUAUACAGUGGAUCACUGGUUGAUUUUGUGAUUUUACAUCUGUUAUAUCAUGCUAACAUCAGUGUUGAGAACGGAUAUGACAUCUGUUAUAUUUACACUUGAAACACAUUCAUUUACCAAACAUUGUCAAAGAUUUUUUUUUUUUACUUCAGAUUUGUUUUAAAUAUGCAUGUUGUGUUAAUGGAUGAGAAAUGAUGUACUGAAAAUAUAUUUACUAUUUGUGAAUGAUGGGAUUAUAAUUUGAUGUUCUAAUCCAUUCAUUAUUCAUUUAAAUUCAUAAAUUCGUGUUUGUAUUUUAGCUACGGUAACACAGUAUCGUGAAUCUCAUGAAAGAGAGGAGGAGCACCAAGGGGCAGCAUAUUGUUGAACUGGAAGCACAGGCAAGUACACCGAGUGAUGACAGCUCGUGACUGUCAAUUCAGAAGGAACUCAAAAGUUGAAAUACAUUUUUUUUUUUUUAUCUACAGUUUCCCACUAUGACAGGAAACCUAAAUCAGUUGAAUGGAGACCAAUAAACAACACAAUAUAAUGGUCAGCAGUAUUUUUCCUUUGAUCCACUUUGUGAUUGAGUGUUUCUGUUGAUCUGGAUGUCUUACUUUGUAUUUUCUGCACAAUUAUAGUGAAUAAAAGUAUUCUAUGAUUAUGCUAUUUAGCAUUUGGUGCCUUAUAGACAUGUGGAUUAAUGGUAAUAUAUUACAAUACACAUGGAAUAUAUUGUAAAUAUUACCACAACAAGGAGGCCAAAUAUUUUAUUUUUUUGAGUUUUUAUGGCUUUUUCUUUAUUUAGCAAAUUACUGGAGCUUUUUGGGGGUCUUUUUACAAAUUAUGAAAAUAGCUGCUUAUGUACUUGUUUAUGUUCAUUAAAUUCAAACUUGCUGAGAAACCACAA